CGUACCACCGACACCACCGCUCACCAUCACACACUAGGCUGUCCCCGUUUAGCCGCCCUUAUACACACUCUCGCACCACCCCGAGAGUCAAUUGAGACGCAAAAUGUCCUUUGUACGCGCUACAUCGACGGUCGGCCGAGUGGGCGUGCGAGUCCCGGCCUACCGAGCAACCCCCGUUGCGUGGAACGCACAGCGUGCCUUCUCCCAGUCGGCUGCCGUAAAGAGCGACGCGCACUCCGAGGAGACGUUCGAGGAGUUCACUGCCAGGUAUGAGAAGGAGUUCGACAAGGUGAACGACGUUUUUGAGCUCCAGCGAAACCUCAACAACUGCUUUGCCUACGAUCUCGUCCCCUCGCCUACCGUCAUCACGGCUGCUCUGCGCGCGGCCAGGCGUGUCAAUGACUUCCCCUCCGCUGUCCGCGUUUUCGAGGGCAUCAAGUUCAAGGUUGAGAACAAGGGCCAAUAUGCCGAAUACGUCGAGGAACUUGAGCCGAUACGCGAGGAGCUCGGCAUCCCGCUGAAGGAGGCCUUGUAUCCCGAUGAGAAGUAGACGAUCACGCGGUCAUGCUGAAUGCCCGACAUUCCUCCCUUUCUAUCUGGCCUCAGAAUCUUGGAGCCCACAUCGGCUCUACUGUAAACGCCGACAUUUCGAUGUUUCGAUUGGACGAAUGGAUGGGGAGGGAGGGUGCUGUAUCACUACGUGAUUUUUCCUUUAGCAAUCUGGGUAUCGCGGCUAUUUUGAAGCGUAGGGUGGUCGUAGUCGUAGAUGGAGCGAUAUCUCGCUGUGGUAGAUGUACAGAUUUCGUUAACUUCAGAACUUUCCCCACUUGUUGUCUUGUGAAGUCGUUGAAUGGGCAUAUUUUUCAACUUGCUGCAAUGACCUGUGGGCCGUUGCUCGAGCUUUUAUUCGGUAGGAGGUAUGGUCAGGCUGGUUUAUAGCGGAGUAGAAGAUGACAUGGUAAGGCGUCCGUGGAGGAUUCCAACAAGUUCUGCGAUGCCUAACGACCCUGAUAAGAGUCUAUUACAUCAGUCCUAUACAUUUCCCCACG